AUGGGACAGAGCUUCUGGGAGCAGCUCCAUCUGGCCCUCAUCCUCCUGCUCUUGAAUCUGGGGUCUGCUGUGACUGGAGAUGCCCCUCACAGCUGCUAUGGGAUUCCAGGCUUGCCAGGCAUGCCAGGUGUACCAGGCAAGGAUGGCCGGGAUGGGCUGAAGGGAGCCAAAGGAGAGCCAGGCAUCCCGGCUCCUCCUGCAACACAAGGGCCCAAGGGCAUGAAAGGGGAACCAGGCAGCCCUGGCUUGCCAGGCAAGACUGGCCCCAUGGGUCGCCCUGGUCCUCCUGGAGACCCUGGGAUGAUGGGCAUGGCCGGAGAUCCAGGUAUGCCGGGUAGCUACAAGCAGAAGCACCAAUCAGCAUUUUCAGUGACAAGGCAGACCAGCGAGCACCCCUUGAAGAAUGUCCCUCUGGUGUUCAACCAUGUCAUCACCAACACCAACCACGACUACAACACCACUACGGGCAAGUUCACCUGCAAGAUCCCUGGUCUUUACUACUUUGUCUUCCAUGCCUCACAGACAGCCAACCUCUGUGUCAUCCUGUACAAGAACGAGAUCAAGAUGGCCAGCUUUUGUGACCACAAGACCAACACCAUGCAGGUCAGCUCUGGUGGAAUCCUCCUCCACCUGGGUGCUGGGAACCAGGUCUGGCUGGCAGUGAAUGACUACAGCGGCAUGGUGGGCAUCAGCAGCUCCGACAGCAUCUUCUCGGGGUUCCUGCUCUUCCCGGACUAG